AUGUGCAGCAACGCGGACGGUACUCCAAAGGUGGACAUGACCAUCAUAGGGAAGGCCAAGGAACCCCGUUGCCUAACGGGCAUCAAAUGCCCUGUCACGUACUUCUCGCAGACUAACGCGUGGUCGGACACCGCGGCGUUCCUCAAGUGGUGGCGUGAGUUCUUCCUCCCGUUCGUUGGACACCUCACGCACGAACCUGUGCUGCUACUAAUGGACGGCUGCUCAUCUCACGCUGAUCUAGAGGUUGAUCGCGUCAAGUGCUGCCCUCCGAACUGCACCAGCGUACACCAGCCCAUGGAUCAGGGGAUCAUCGCCAAGACGAAGGUGGUGUACAGGAAGGAGCUGGUAGACAUCAAGACGUCAACAAUCUUCGUGGCUGAGACACUUGGCGACCAGGCCAAACAACUCAAGAUGAAGGCCGGGACGAUGGGGCUGGCGCAAGGGCACCACCCUCACCUGCGGGAUGCUGCUGAGCUUCUCCAGAAGGCACGGGCCAGCGUUACCGCCAGGGACAUCGCCAGGUGCUUCGUCAAAGCCAACACGCUUCCGGUGGAGAUGGCGGCUGCACUCACCGCCGCACACGGCAAAGCCAGAGACCGGAUUGCCGAGCCCGAGCACAAGGCUCUCACGGCGAGUGUGAGCGUCUUGAGCACGAGUGUGCAAGAGGCGCAGCAGCAGGGCUCCAGCAUCCAAGACGAAGACAUCUGUGAUUUGUUGGCGGAACUCAACAUCGAGCCGGGAAAGCCUAUCGCCGAGGAAGCCGUAAACGCGGUUCAGCAUUGGGCUACCAUCGAGGAUGAGGAUGACGUGGUAGAGGCUAUGCGAGGAGACGCCGUGGAGGAAAUGACGGCACAGCUGGCUGGAACGCUCUUGUCCACCGGCUCAGAGGAGGGCGACGAAGAGGAGGAGGAUGGUGGCGAUGACAACACUGGCCGCGGGCCGCGGGCCCCACCGGCUUAUGCUGAACCGUCGUCCCGGUUCGGAAUCCUGGAGAGGACAGCGAUCGAGAGCGGGAACGAAGCCGCCGCCUGCCGCCUGUCGAAAGCGAAGAUGGCGAUGAUUGCAGCACAUUCCGCUAAGCCAACGCGCCAGGCAGACUCGCGGGAAUUUGUCGAGGUGGAUUGA